AUGGUUUCUGCUGCCCUCGAUCCGGCUUGGAAGAUUACGCAUCUACAUUCAGCUGAACUAUUCCCAACAGUUGUACGAAACAUGGCACGUGCCGUGUGCAACGUUGCAGCAAGGCUGGGAUCUGUGGCAGCUCCAUUGGUUGUGCACACACGGACCAUGCACUACCUUGUACCCUAUACAGCAUUUGCUGCAUUUCUCACAAUCCAAUUAGUGGUAGUAGCAGCAUUCAUACCGGAAACCAAGGACAAACCUCUUCCGGAAGAGCUGCCAACUGUUCUUAAUACUACGCCUCCUACAGUUCAAAAUCAAGAAAUGGAGAUGAACUCGAAUACAGGCUCAUUGGAUGUUUGA